UCUUCGCCCGAGUUGUCGUAGCCCCCCGUCCGGAACGUUUCGGAACUCACCACCGACGCACCUGCCAACCCAUCUUUGCAACAACAGCCACAACCCAAAUGCAUUAAUCUCUCACAAACGGUAGAAAUGACUGUCAAACUACCCUACACCCUACACACGCGCUAUGCCUCAAUAGCAACCGCCUGGAGCGUCAUCCUCACCCCGCCCAUUUUCCUCAAUCUCGGCCUAUUCUACGGCCUCUGGUACGGUAAACCAGACCUAGACCGCACUCUCGUCCUAACCCUCCCCACGGCCAUCCUCGGCCUCUUCACCGCCGUCGCCACCAUCGACCGCGUCUGGAAACUAGUUCAACGAUCCUCAAAAUACCGCCCGCUCGAUUCUUCCCGCUAUGCCCUCGACAUCUUUCAAUGGGGCUACUUCGCCGUGCUGAUCUCCAUCUCGGCCCUCAUAUCCUCAGCACUCGCACGCAGAGACGCAGACCUCGACUUCCGAAUUCGCUUGCUAUCGCUGCCAACCGUGGUCCUCAUGGCCCUCGUUGCAACGCUCACGCUGAUCUCGUUGGUGCUUAAUCUCGGCGGGUGGCGCCUCCCAUGCCGCUUCGGUAGUGUGCCCAAGGGUAACGUGCUGAGGCCGGCGGUGUACUACAUCGUCGAGGAUGUGGUUGCGGUUGACGGCGGGGGCGGAGUGGAAUACCGCGGUGCGUUUUGCGCGAGGUAUGAGAGCAGUGAUGUGUUUCGGCGUAUGAUCUUCGAGGUUAGUGUGGUCUGGAUGCUAUGGUUCUACAUUCUUGCAGGCCUGUUCGCGGUACUAGUUUUUAGGCUGCCGGUGGUGGUGGUGUAUGCGGUUGGGUGGGCGGGACCGUUUCCGCUCGUUGGGAUUAUGGUGAUGUGGACGAUUUUCCAUGUCAGAGCGAGGUUAGCGGAUGAGCGGGAGGGCUUGGUGGAGGCGGAGAGAGCACCAUUGCUGGGGUGAGGGGGUGCGGUAGAAUUAAGUUGGGAGAUUUCGUGAGAAAGGUACAGAUAGAUCUUGAACGAGAGAUGGACAUGUAGAUAGAGCAUUAUUAUGGAGUAAGCGAUUGAUGAUUCUUCUAUCCGUCCCGAACAACAG